CCUGCCCAGGCCAUGGUGGCUCUUUCCGGAAGGCCAUCUCCAAAACAAACAAUGUUGACCAAUCAAGAAGAACCAACAGAGAGAAAUAAGAUAUCGCUAGCAUGAUAACAGGCCAUAUCAUUCUUCAAGUACCUGAACGCCUGUUAUGAGAGACUAGAUACCAGAGAGUUAAAAAAAAAACCAGUAUAAAGAAGGGCGCGGAGAAAAAUUGAUUCGUCCUUCACCCUUCAAAAUUGGUACAACAGUCAAGCUCGCCAAAAGCUAGCAAGCCCGAGCUACCGCCAUGCCCGUCGUUAUUGAGCCGGACUCUGACCCCCAAAGCGGCAAGAACCACGACUGGGCUACGUCGUCGCCCUCAAACCUACUCUACCACACCUCGGCCAACCACUCCCACUAUCCCACUCUACACUCAUCGUUCAGCUCUCAGCACGAUCCUAGCGGUUCCACGAACUCCCCCUUCUCCAAUUGUGGGCAACAAGAAUGGCUUCGUCCAUACCGUCAUCCGCGCCCGUUUAGUUUCUUCACCAACAGGAACGCCGAGGCGCUCCGUCAUCUCUUCGUUUCCCAUCAUGGUCAGCAGGAGGUCGUUGUCGAUGUCGAUGCCCCCUCGGUCGGGGCUGUAACCUGGCAAUCGGGCUGA